AUGAACAGCAGCGACAGCGAUGAUCUGAAUGAAGAAUUUUUAACAGACGACCAUCAAAAUUUCUUAUCCCAAGGACAAGAUACACAAGAUGGCGUGGAAAUGGUAACUUUGGACAAUACAGAUGACUCAUCAAAUCAAGGAGAAGUUUAUGAACUUAAAUAUGGCAAACCCCUUCGAGAACAAGACAGAUUCCUUCCUAUUGCUAAUAUUGCAAAAAUUAUGAAAAAAUCUAUACCAGACGGUGGAAAGAUAGCGAAAGAUGCUCGAGAAUGUGUACAAGAAUGUGUUUCGGAAUUCAUAAGUUUCAUAACCAGUGAAGCUAGUGACAGAUGUUUCCAAGAAAAACGUAAAACUAUUAACGGAGAAGAUAUUCUUUAUGCAAUGUCUAAUUUAGGUUUUGACAAUUAUGUAGAACCCUUGAAACUGUAUUUGCAAAAAUAUAGAGAGGCUACAAAAGGAGACAAAUCAAUUGGAAUUGAAGAACUGUCGGAUGAUGUGUUUUCCAACGACACAAGUUAUACAAAAAUAUUUGGGCAAAACAGUCAAAGUGAAUCUGUCAUUUACUAUCAAGAUCCAAUUCAACAAUUCCACAUAGUAUAG